UCUUGGAGACUCAAGUGGGUUCAGUUUAGCUCCGAUAGCCUUGGAUACUAUUGAUCAGAAAACUGAGAAGCUAGUUCCAGUAUGGAUGAGUUAAUUAGGUUUACGAAUAACUUAAAACCCAUUUCUCCGGAGUCACUGAAGAGCCUUUUCCCCGAAAAAGACCUUAAAAAUAUCCGGGAUCUGAAACAUUUUCCGGCCUUAUCUCAGAUCAGUCCUGGAUUCAUUCUAGAAUACAAACUGGAGAUCAGUCCUGGAUAUUCUCCGGAGUUCAAGGUAGAAUAUCCUCCCGGGAAUCCUGGUUUCAAUUCUAAGUUCCUAACCCCUAAACUCAAUCGUGAUAUCGUUCCAGCUAAAAGGUUGGAAAGUGCCUUUGGUUCAUCCUUAUCUCGGGUAUCUCCCGAUGCAAAGCCAAGCCUUGUGAUUAAGGAAGAGCCAAUAUCUGAGCCUUUAAAACCAAGAAGAAAGGGUUCCAGGUCUAAGGAUAUCCUGGAGACAGGCCAAGGGAAGAGAAGCUGCAGGAUAUGUGGAGAACAGGCAACGGGAACACAUUACAAAGUGCUGGCCUGUGAGGGAUGUAAGAGUUUCUGGAAGCGAACCAUACAACGUGGAGCUUCUCACCUGUAUAGGUGUAGAGCUGGAACCCUAGACUGUCCAGUAUAUACAGGCACCCGGAGCAGAUGCCAACAAUGCAGGUACCUAGCAUGUGUAAGAGCAGGGAUGGUGGCAGACCGUGUUAUGUCGGAUAAAGAACGGAAACUACGACAGAGACUGGUUGUGCAGAAGACGGAGAAACGGAAACGGGACGGAGAUAUCCCGUCUCCGCCAGAGCUGAAGACGGAGGGUAUAAUCCGCCUUCAUGAUCAAGAAACCUUGGUCAUGUUUCAUAUAAUUUACAACAAAGUAUUCGGGUUCACUCCCAAAGAUAAUUUCGGAGAGUAUAAAAACAGUUUGAUUUUCAUUCGUGAACUUUACAAACUCUUUAACAUUGAACAAGAGAGAGGUUUGGGUCAUAUUGAUCCUGCAGCUCAGAACCAGGUUUUCUUUAUGCGUCUAGCAUUCACUAGAGAUCUAAACCAGCUCCGGGUCUUCCCUCCACUACACAAGAUCUCCAAAUUUCUGCAGAGUAGGAGAUUUGGAAUAGUAGAGUUUGUUCAAUGUGUCAGUUUAGCGGUCACUCGGCCCCGCCUCUCCUGGCCAAACAAACGGAGGGGUCAACUCACAGCGGCUUGGAAAGCGGUAACAAGAGUGGUUGAAACUCAGUAUCCCACUGGAGAACCUACUCGGAACAUAGGGUUCGGAACCCUGAUUCAAUUCGUGCAUAUGAGUGCUUACAUCUCCAAUAUGUUGGAGAUAACCCAGGUUCUAAACUACCUCGGAGUGUCUCCAAGAUUGGCGUAGAGCAGAGAUUUAUCCGAUAUCUGUAAAACAUUUUAUUUAUCCUGUCUAGGAUUGAUCAUGCAGUAAAUACCACAGAAAUAUAGUUGAAUUUUUCUGUAUAAUAACGGAAAUUGUAAAUAAAAUAAUAUAAUUUAA